AUGAAUCAAAUCGACGGGAAAUCUGCGAGAGCACUGCUUCUCAUUUUAUCCACUUUCACAUAUCUUCUAUUUGGGGCAAUGAUAUUUGAUAAAUUAGAGAGUGAAGAUGAUAAUCGGGUCCGAGAUGAAAUCGAACGGGUUACAGAACGGUUAAAAAACAAGUACAACUUCAGUGAACGGGACAUGCAUUUAUUUGAAGCUAUUGCUAUCAAAAGCAUACCACAACAAGCAGGAUAUCAGUGGCAGUUUGCUGGCGCAUUUUAUUUUGCAACAGUAGUCAUUACUACCGUUGGUUACGGUCACUCUGCACCAUCCACCCUUGCUGGAAAAUUGUUCUGUAUGAUUUUUGCUCUUUUCGGGAUUCCAAUGGGGUUGGUUAUGUUCCAAAGUAUCGGUGAGCGUGUCAACACUUUUAUUGCUUAUAGCUUACACAAGUUUCGGGAUAAUUUACAUCAACAAGGGUACACGUGUCUACAGGAGGUGACCCCUACACAUCUGCUCAUGGUUUCAUUUACAAUUGGAUUUCUGGUUAUAGUAUCUGUUUCAACAAUCGGGUUUGGUGAUCUCGUACCAUUACAACAAACCAAUGCACUUCAAGAAAAGCCACUUUACGUUUUCGCUACUAUCCUGUUCAUAUUGGUCGGACUUGCUGUAUUUUCUGCUUGUGUUAAUUUACUGGUUCUCGGAUUCAUGGCAUCGAAUGCUGACGAGGUAACAGCUGCAAACCGAGAGCCGCCUAGUGCGAUCGUGCUGGAAAGAUUUGCUAGAAAUUCACUCGUGGAGUCCCAGCUGUUCAACAUACAGAAGCAUAGCACAGUUGGUGUACUACCGGGAAGGCCAAGGAGGAUGUACUCCAUUGUGCCCAACUCCGCUGGUGAUGUAAAUAUCCGACGACAAUCCACUAGAAGAAGUAUUCAAGAUACGGUCUGCUGUGGUUGUUUCAAACCACGACCACCUCGACACCGAUUUUCUUUGACAAGACGCCCAACCAAUAUAUCGCAUCUAGUGGAUCUAGAGCUGUAUUAA